AUGUGUCGGAUCAAGCUACACAUCUGUCCCUAUCCUGACCACGAUCCAGUCUCCUCACUUAUCUUCAACCCGAAGAAUGCUCAUCGAUGGGAACUCUGCGACAACCCACGGCCCUGGGGUCGACUCUCCUGUGGCAGGCUUGAGGUCGAACAUCCCAAACACCUGACUCGGGCCAGAACACCUCUGUCGUCCAAAACCGCCCCGACCACUGGCUCGCACCACCCCAAGCAACACGAAAUGCACAAGCAAGACAUCUCCACUGCAGGAAACGAACCCCUCCUGAACGACACUGUCGCACCCGCAGCGGCUGACGAAGUACUCCAAGGAGAACCAUGUAAAUGGUGUACUGCAGUUCUCAGACUGGUAGCAACAAAGUCGAAGGAGAUGCAAAAGCUGGCGCGGGAGGAAAUUGCGGAGGUGGAGCGGAAGAUAGGUGACGAUGCCGAGUUGAAGAAGAUGCACGAGGAAAUUGCGGACAGGGAGCAAGAAUUGAAUGGAAUGAGACACGAUGCGUGGAGAAAGGCGACAGUGCUGAUGGGUGGUUUGGCUGAUAAGACCAACAGGGACGAGACACAAGGCUGA